AUGUCCUGCGCUUCGUCGUACGCUCUUGGGCCUAUCCAAGAUGCCCCAGAGGCUACGAGCUCUGGUGCCACCGUCCACGACCGGCGGAUACAGCGGCGUCGCCACUCUUCGUUCGUCCCCUAUCGGCGGAAAUCUAUAGUCAACCAUAUCAUGGACGGAGAGGAGGCGCUCUUACUCAAGGUUGACCUUUUUCUCUCCGACCUCGAACGCCGCCUGGAAUCCCUAGAAAGCUACGGCGAUCUGAUGCACGUUGACGCUAGCAUAGCAAAGACAUUUGCGACUCUACAAGCAGUGAAGGAAAGAUGCUCGCACGUAUCCGAAGAGGUGAUUGGGGCCGGCCGGCGCCGUCUCCAGAUCCUGGUUGAAACACUUGAUGCGAGAUACCAGGGAGCUCUAGCGAGAGCUGAGUCUAUGAAUGAGAAGGCUCGUAUGGGUAUCGAACUUCUAGAUAGCAUGCUGGAUGACUUCGAGUUACGGGCGAUCAAGUUACGGGACCAAGGAUUCGCAAAUGCCGCUGGGGCUGCUGAGAGCCUUAUGGGUGGUGGCCGACGAGUGAUGGACGAGGGCCUAGAGCGUGCCCGUGGUGUAGUCGACGAGGGCAUCGGUCGAGCCAAGCGUGCAGCUGAAUCCGUUGAAGAGCAUGUUCAGAGCGCCCUAAACCGGGCGCGAGAGCAGGGCUUGCUCAAAUACGAUGAAUUACCCGUCCCAUGGAGGAUUAAUCCUCAUAUCCUAAAGGGCUAUCGAUUCUCGGACUCUAAAAUAGAUUGUGUCCGGUCCAUGUUCGGUGUCUCGAACGAGACGGUCAACAUUUGGUCUCACGCACUUGGAUUCUUCAUCCUUCUGGCCGUUGCCUUUUAUUUCUACCCAGCAUCCGCCAAUUUCUCCCUCUAUACGAAAACCGAUAUUUUCAUCGCUGCAGUGUUCUUCUUCGCUGCCUGCAAAUGCCUGGUUUGCAGUACGAUAUGGCAUACGAUGAAUUGCGUAGCAGAUCAGACUUUAAUGGAGCGCUUCGCUUGCGUUGAUUACACUGGCAUAUCAUUAUUGAUUGCUGCGUCCAUCAUGACCACCGAAUACACCGCUUUCUACUGCGAGCCAGUCUCGCGUUGGACAUAUAUGACGGCUACUGCAAUAUUAGGUAUUGCCGGCACAAUCCUCCCGUGGCACCCUACUUUCAACGGUCAAGAUAUGGCUUGGCUGAGAGUCGGGUUUUUCAUUGGGCUGGGGGCAACAGGCUUCAUGCCAGUUUUCCAAAUUAUCCUAACUCGCGGCUCCACCUGGGCUUACGAGUUCUACCUGGACUCUAAUCUGGUGAAAUCACUUCUGGUAUAUGUCUUAGGAGCUCUUGUAUAUGCCAGCAAAGUCCCAGAGAGAUGGUUUCCUGGUGCUUUUGAUUUUGUCGGUAACGCCCACAAUCUUUGGCAUAUGGCAGUCCUUGGUGGGAUCAUCUACCAUUACAUUGCCAUGCUACAAUUUUUUGCUGGCGCUUUCGAGCGGGCUAAACUCGGGUGUCCAGCAUACUAA